AUGUCGAAAACAAAUAUUCGUCGUCCACAAAAAAAAUCAACUUUAAAAAAACGUCAAGAUUGGGAUCCAUCAAUUGGUGACCCUUCACAACAUCGACUUAGCGAUGAUGAAGCUUCUCGACGAAAACAAGCCUAUCAAUCACGCAAUUUACAAUUGAUUCAAGAAGAAAAACAACGAAAACUUUUAGCAAAAGCUGUUCAUGAUGCACGAAAAAAUAAUAGUAAUCAAUUGGGUAUUUUACGUGAAAUAUUAUUUAAUGAACGAGAUAUUGAUGAAUUAAUGCAAAGAUCAAAUAAUGUUUUGCAAACUAGUCGUUCGGAUAAAGCACUUCCGAAAAAUAGUAUAUUACGUAGUGGAAAAAACCAUUUUACAAGUUUAAAUGAUAAUCAUACAAGAAAACCAACAUCAUCGGCAGCAAGACCAUCAUCAACAAGAAAUUUAAAUUCACCAGGUGGUGCAGAUUGGAAUCAAUCGGAAGAAGAUAAUUUAUCAGUUAGUUCGGCUGAUGUUGGUGAAGAAGAACAAGAUGAACUUGAAAAUGAACCUGUUCGUUUAAGUCGUUUAAAUAAAAAGAUUGAUCAUCAUAAUGAAUUAUCAAAUAUUCAUUUAUUCAAUGAUCACGAACAACAACAAAGAAAUUCAUCAUCAACUCGUAAUCCUAGUCUUUAUUCUCAAUCUCGUCAACAAUCAGCUGGAACUCGUUCGGUUAAUAAUGUCUCAUUUAUGUCUGAUGUAUCAAAAACUGGUGCUAAAACCAAUGGAACUGAAUCGACUGGAAAUUUAUCAACAAAUCAGCUUAAACAAUUACUCGAUCGUUUAUCAUCUGAAUUACGUGAAUUAGAAACUAUAACAGGAUACAAAUCGGAUAAAAAUGAUCCAUCAUUUAAUAAUCAAUCAAAUACAUGUAGUACAGCACUUGUUACUGCACUUAUCGCACUUACUGGUCAUGUUAAACAAUGUGCUCUGAGUACAAAAGGUCAAUCAAAUCAAGAAACAAAUACUCUUAAAGAUCAACUUUCAGUUGUAAUUAAAGCUCAAUUAGAUUUUCAACAAAAAAUUGAAAAUCAAAUCUCAAUGUUACAAACAAUGAUGCAAACUGUUUGUCAACUUGUUAAUAAUGAAAUUAUAUCAAAUAAAAAAUGUUCUGGUAAUUGUACUUCUCAACAACAACAGCAACAACAAUCAACAAUAAAUUCAGCUCGUAUUCGUCGAGAUCAAACAGAUUUUCAAGUAUCUGAACCAAGACAAAGUUGGUUAAAUAAUCAAAGUAAUAUACAUAUUCAAAGAUCAAAAAAUAAUGCAACAGAUGAAUUACUUACAUUUACUCAACGUAUGAGUAAUGCGACACCAACAGAUACAAAUCAAUAUCGUUAUUCAACUUAUAGUGAAACAAAUGACAUAUCAAAAAAAAUAUCACGACCAACAUCGGCUCUUUCCACAAAUGAAAAUAACAAUAAUGAUUUUUCAAAACAAAUUCUUCAACGUCGAAAUAUUGAUCCAGAAUCACGUUCAUCUAUGAUUAGUCCAAUAGAUAUGCCAUCAUCAUAUGAUAUGUUUGAAUCAGGUCUUCCUAAAAGUAACUCAACAACAAGCAUGCUUAGAAGUACAACUGGUAAUGGUUAUAGUGGAACAUCAAGCAAUGUACCAUCGGCUUCGACUAAUGAAACCAUAUUAGAAAAAAUCUUACAAGAACGUCUUCUUCUUGUUCAACAAAUAGCUGAACUUAAUAAACAACAUGAAACGACACAAGAAGAAUUGGCUAAUCUUGAAGCCAAUGCUUUACAACAGCGUAUAACAUAA